GUUGGAGGAGGAAGUGAGAGGAUCAAGAGAAGAGGAGGGAGAGAGUGCUGACGCCGCUGCUCUUGCAGAACGUGCAGCUAUGGGCAAUGCGCAGCAAAGGCCUCCUGGCAGGGGGGAUGGAGGAGGCCAGCGGACCCAGCCUUGCAACCCAGGACAGGGCAGGGGCCGUGGGAAAUCUCCGAUAAUAAAUGGCACUCAGGGGAACAACAGGACCCAUACAGCUGAUGAAAGCACAGUCAGCAGCCCAGCUGACACGGGGGGAGACAGCAGCUACCUGGAUGCUCCCGCUGGGGCUCUCCCUCCUCCACUGGCCCGGCUGAAGAACGAGGGGAACAGGCUGUUCAAGAACGGACAAUUUGGAGAUGCACUAGAGAAGUACUCCCAGGCCAUCGCUGGCUGUGAGGAUGCAGGUAUUGAUAGCCCCGAGGAUUUGUGUAUCCUCCACUCGAACAGAGCUGCUUGUUACCUUAAGGAUGGGAACAGCACGGACUGCAUCACGGAUUGCACCAGGGCCCUGGAGCUGCAGCCCUUCUCCCUGAAGCCGCUCCUGAGGCGAGCUCUGGCCCACGAGUACAUGGAGCGCUACCGCAAGGCUUACGUGGACUACAAGACUGUUCUCCAGAUCGACGUCAGCGUGCAGGCAGCACACGACAGCAUAAACAGGAUCACCAAAGUCUUGAUAGAGCAGGACGGUCCACGCUGGAGGGAGCAGCUCCCAGAGAUUCCUCUGGUUCCCCUGUCAGCACAGCAGCACCGGCGGGAGGAGCCACCCAGCGAAGAGAUGCUCCAGGCCCGCGCAGACAGGAAGGCAGAGGGGGAAGCCAGAAAGGCUGAGGUCCGCUUCUCCUCCCUGAAGAAAGAAGGGAAUGAGAUGGUGAGACAGGGCCGCUUUCAGGAUGCCCUUGGGAAGUACAAUGAAUGUCUGCAGAUAAAGCCAAAUGAAUGCGCUGUGUACACAAACAGGGCCCUCUGCUACCUGAGGGGCGGGCGCUUCCAAGAGGCCAAGCAAGACUGUGACUCUGCCUUGGAGAUCGAGCCAGCCAACAAGAAGGCGUUUUACAGACGAGCACUUGCCUUCAAAGGCUUGAAGGACUACCUCUCUGCUAGCACUGACCUUCAGGAGGUGCUGCAGCUGGACCCAAACGUCCAGGAGGCAGAGCAGGAGCUGGAGGAGAUGACCCUGCUGCUCAGGCAGAGCCUGAUGUCAAACGCCACACAAGGUUGAUUGAAGGGGUGACGGAGCGCGCUGGUUGAUGGUCCAGGGACGAGAGAGAGCUCCUCCUCCUCUUCCCAUCCAAGCUGUGAGCUCCCAGGAGGCCAGACUUUUGCUUUCAGGAGACUAAGAUUGCUGGCCUGUGUCACAACAGGGUCAGAAGAGAGUGUCAAAGAUGGCCAUCCACCAAACUCCACCAACGCUGCUCUAGACUCUCCAUAUAUUCUGUGAUGCUGAACAACAGUGAGCUUCCCACAUCCAUCACAGCAGCAUUGACCUUUUGUCUUCAAUUUAAUAUCAGAUCUCCUGGCAACCUGGAGCAAGAGUUGAUAACAUUCAGGAUUUCUGAGGUUGCUGUUGACAGGUUACUGAAGUUUGGUGAGGAGCUACCUUCCGGACCACGUCUGCGUGUAGAAGAUGUGCCUUUGCUACUCGUAGUCCAGGACAAGACCUUCGACAUAUCCGGACACACUCUUUACCCGCUUCCUUGAGUGCCAGAUGGCUAAAGUUACAAAGCGUUCAUAGUCAGCAAUAUAAAUCAUGCAACCAAUGCUUUGCAUUCCUGACAGUUUAGUUGUUCUUGCAUGUACUAAGAAAACUUGUGGCUAGAUCCCUUUCAGGCAGUAGAACUCCAACAGUAUGUGCUUGAUUAAAUGACUGCAUUUUGUACAAGCAUUCGCAAACCUAUUCUGAACAAAGGCAUCAGUACUUUCACAGGCUACACACACCACUUGGUUUUAUUCAUCUUUAUUUAUUAUGGCCUUGUACUUCUGUGCACUGAGAUAAGGCAACUCAUCUUGAAUUAAUUGUGCUGAUUCAUAAUUUAGAGCCAUUUAAAGUUAUCUGGUCUUUUAGUAAUGCAGCUUUAGUGCCUUCUGGGGAAAAAAAUAAAAUGCAUCAAAGUGCAUAAAAGUUUCCAGCUUGCAGAUGUUGAGCUGCAUUUCAAAAUCCUACCCCUCCGCUCAUGUAACUAUCAUAUAGUUUAAUGCAAAAAGUGUAUGAAGACUAUUUCCCAUGGACACUGAAUUGUGAAUGUGGGAAAGUGAUGAAUUAUGUGACUGUGGUCAUGGUCAAGAUCAGUGCAAACUAUGCUCAGUCGAAUUCGUGCCGUAAUUUUUGCUUGACAAAACCGAUCAUGCAUGUUUUUUUUCAUGCAAUGUAAUAAAAUCAGAUUAAACACUCUU